UACAUUAUUAUUAUUAUUAUUUAAACCUUAAGCUGGCGGCUUAUUCUUUCUACCACUCCUCCUACAAUAUUCUAUAUUCUAUAGUCUCUACCUAAUUCCACAAUGGGCAAAGGUUCUGCUUCUUCAUCCUCAUCUUCCAAUGGUAGAAGAAAGAAACAUAAUACCUCCAAUGUUUCAUCAUCCAUCACACAUCAAAAUUCUGACCAACAUCUUUGUCCUGAUCUUAACCUUGGUUUGAGCAUUUCUCAUCAAUAUGUUCAUUCUUCCAAUUCAAGGGGACAUUGGCAACCAAUGCAGCAACAAGCUUAUGAAGUGAAUGAUUGCAAUGAUUACAACAGUUUCUUUGUGAAGGUUUAUAUGGAAGGCAUUCCAAUUGGGAGAAAACUCAAUUUAUUAGCUCAUGGUUGUUAUGAAGAGCUAGUAAAUACUCUUGAACAAAUGUUUGACACUACUAUUCUAUGGGGAACUGAGAUGGAUGGAAUGCAAUCAGAGAGAUGUCAUGUGCUAACUUAUGAAGAUGGAGAAGGAGAUUUGAUUAUGGUUGGAGAUGUCCCUUGGGAGAUGUUCUUAUCAUCGGUGAAGAGGUUGAAGAUCACAAGAGUUGAUGCUUUCGGAUUUUGAAUGUUGAUCAGAAGCAUGCAUAUAUAUUUGAUGAAGAUCAAACUUCGUCCAAGACAAAUGAAGACUCAAAUUUAGUGAUUAGAGAUAACCAAAAUGUUAAUCUUAGAUUAUGUUUGAGGAAAGUCAUUUUAAGAUUAGGUCCAUUUUAAAUUUUGCAGGUUAAUAUAAGAAUCUUAUUUUAAUCA